AUUUCACUUAGUUGAAUACUUACCACAACGUCAACAUGUUUUAUAAGUUUCAUAAGUAAUUUAUAGUUUCUUAAAUAAAAAAUGCAAUGAACACGUUACCGUGAGAUUUACUGAAAUCAAUAUAAAGAGCGAUGACUUCCAAUUAAUAACGCAUUUUAACAAUAUAGAACAUAACCUAUAAAUUGUUGCUCCAAGAUAAUUUAAGCUUAUAGAGAUUAAGUACGAAAUUGGUUGAUAGCGGUCACCUUUAUAUUCCAUUGUUCGAAAGAAUUUCUUUAAGAGGCAUUAAGCAGCAGGAAAACUAACAAUGUAUGUGGUGCAAUGUUCUGGUUUCUUAUCAAAACAACUGAGUUCGAAUUGCAUUCGGAAUGGAACCAGGUUAGCAUCUUCUUUUGGUCAGUACGAGAACUGUGGAAGAUUUUGUGAAUAUCGCAAUAGAAUAGCAUUGUGGUUGAAACAACAAAGCGGUCAGGUAGCCAAAGCUUGUGCCAGGCAGUUUGAAUUCAUUGCUGCACAACGUAUUCGAAGGAGCUUGCAGAUAUUUCAUUUAUAUACACGAAUAUGGGACGAGGUAGCACUUAAGGAAUUUAUGAAAAAUUGGAAACGUCGUACAAUGAGGAAUGCUAGACAUUUUCUAACGAGCAGCAUUGGUGUAACUGUGUACAAUUGGGACUGUGAAAGAAUAAACGAAGAAGAACUCAACAGCUGUAGACAGGAUAUCGAAAAAAUUCACAAAUUAAGGGACAUUACAAUUAUUUGCCCAAAAUGUCACCUAAGAAUUAUGAUAGAUGCUCAGCAACCUGGCAUAAAAUAUUGCACAUGCUAUGGCAAUAAAUUUAAUGCUACUUCCAAUCAAGAUCCGGAGGGAUGGAGACCGUACAUAGAACGGCAAGACAUGCUCAUUUGGAGGAGGGAAGAACCAAACUCUGGAGGAUUAUUUGCAUAUAAAGUAUAUGGUACAUUUUCGGAUGUUACUGCUGAAGACUUUCUGCAAACCCAGAUAGAUCUGGAUUACAGGAAGAAGUGGGAUUUAACUGCCCGAGAAUUAAAAAUUAUAGAUACAGACCCAAAAUUGGAAAAGUCUGUUGAUAAUGGUACUGAUGUUAUAUAUUGGGAAACGAUAUGGCCAAGAUUAUUUACAAACAGAGACUAUGUAUAUCAACGACGAUGGAUUAUGGACAAAGAAAAACAGUUAAUCGUAAUUAUAAGUAAAGUAACAGAACAUCCUAAUGCACCUGCCAAACCAGGAAUAUACAGGGUCACAACAUAUUGGUCGUACAUGGUGAUAAGGCCUUAUACAGAACUCCAUCAACCAGGCAUCGAAUUUGGAUUGACCUACUUUGAUGAUCCUGGUGUGAAUAUUCCAUCUGCUAUUACUGCAUGGGUUGCAAUGUCAGGAUUGCCAGACUUUUUAAUUCGUAUGAGGCAAGCGUCGAAAAAUUAUCAAAAUUAUAAAUCUGCAAAAGAGAGUACAAAUAUUUCUAAUGCUACUCAUAUUUCUUCGAGCGACGAGAAUGUUUCUAAGCGAAACGCGGAGGAAGAUAACAUACAAAACGAUAAAGAGACUGAAAUAGUGAGCGAAAGAGAUACGAUGGAAUGUCAUCUUGUUGAAGAAAUCGAGACUUUGACGUUCCCAGAAACGCAAGAAUGCGACGAGAGCGACGAAGAUAUAGAUAGUACAGCAGAUACAACCGACGAAGAAAGUCUGUAACAUGACGUUGUACGGGCAGAAUGGUAAUGUAACGACCGCGAUCGCGAUACAAAGAUACAGGUACGAAUGAGUGGAUACAUUGGAUCACCGGGGUUGCAUCGAAGAUGAUACCGAACACGAAAUGUGCUUUUAUCAAAUUAGAAGAAUUUUGGAAAUUGACAAGUAGCGUUUUGUUUUUGUGGUAUUCUUUAUUGCAACAAACACGAGACUGAUCAUAUUCGUAGUUAGUUUCAUUUACGCUAUUCAUUGUAUAGUACAAAAGAAAAAUAUAGGAAGAAGAAUGUAUUCAGUCGUAAAAAAAUGUAAGGUAAAUUACAAUUUGUACAUGAUCUUUUUGUCUACAUAAUUUUACACAGCCAAAAUGCUAUGUUGUAUUUAUGUACACUGGGGGUAGUGAAAAUAUAAAUAGUUGCAUAAAAUAUGGAGAAUUAAUUUUCUAUAAGUUCAUAUAUCUGAAUUUGUUAUGUACAGUUAUAUAUAUGUGUGUCUAUAUAAUGAAAUCGAUUCACAUUCAUUACUUAUAUAAAUUGUAAAUAAUCUGUGCAAUGUAACAUACAUCUUAAUGUAGUACACAUCUUAAUAUAAUACACAAUAAUCUAGUAUAUUAUAUAAGACGUUUGCAAUAUUAUGUAAAAGAAGCAUGUAAAUGUUUUAUAUUUUAACAUUUCGUACCAAUCUCAGGAGAAAAUAUCGUGGAAACAAAGCUUUGUAUUGUGUA